CGGACAGACGGACGCCACUUCCCCUCCGCUUCUCUCGCCAGUCGGUCGCGCGUUACCGAGCCAAGUGGAUGAGUUCGCGAACGCGCUCCCGCUAAAAGCUGCCUGUGCUUGGCCGUAGGCGAAUUUGGUGUUUCGUUUCUUCUUUCUUCUACCGAGCAAAUAUUCUCGCGUGUCUCUGCCAUCGUUGUCGCUUCAUCACUCGUACUCUUGUGUCUGUCUAGACGCCACGCAUCGUGCUACACGCCCGCUACCGUCACUGCCGCUGCCGCCGCCACCGCGCCACCUUCUUUCGGAAUAAUAUAUCCAGUGUGUAUUUUGUGUGGAGCAGCGACGAGAGACACUCCUCUACAGGGAAAUUUUACCUCGUCGUGCCAUUUACGACGCCCUCAACUAUCGAGGUCAGUUUUAUUGGACGCACGACACCUGAUUACAGCAUCCGGAGAGCGCGAGCGAGAGGGACAGGCGAGCAGAAGGGGCUAGAGAGGCAAAAAGAGGAAAGAUGGGAGCGAGACAGAGCAGAAGGUCCGUGGAUAUAACAACGACUCCGAAGAAGGAGGGGUUGCCCGCCGACGGUGGUGUCGGGGAUGCUGCCGCACCUGGCGAUGGCAAGCUGGAGAGGAUCGAGGAGACCGACACCAAGCCUACUACCAAUGGUAUAGCGCCGCACACGGACGUUCCCGAGGAUAAGGACAAAGAUAAAGACGAUGCCACGGAAAAAGAGAAAGACAAAGAGCAGCAAGAAGAGGUAAAGGAAACGAAGCAAGAGUCGGGCGGAGAAUCUCCCGCGGAAACGGCAGAGAUCACAACGCCGACAGAAGCGUCCACUCCAAACACUGCCACUUCUCCAGACAAUAAGGAAACGAAGAAGAAGGAAAAGAUGAAGAAAAAGUGGUCCUUCAGGUCGAUCAGCUUCAGCAAGAAGGAUAAGAACAAGCCUGCCCGCGAAGAAGCGCCCAAGAAUGGAGACGUCACCAAGGAGGAACCUCUCGCAGAGGGUGGCGAGGAGCAGGAGAACGGAUCGGGCACGGCGGGUAGCCCCGUCGAGGAGAAAUCAGCAGUAAGCAGUCCGACGACGGAGAACGAGGAGGCGGCGGCGGCGGCGCCCGUAGCAGCGACAACAGCGGCGGCGGCGGCAGCGGCGGCGGCAGCAGCAGCAGCAGCAGCAGCAACAGCAGCAUCAUCACCGUCAUCGCCACAACCGCCGUCGAGCGUCGCGGAGACGAAGGAGGAGAGCAGCGGCGCGGCGUCGGCGGCCAGUAGCCCCGCCGAGGAGAAGACGACGGAGGAGGCCACCGAUCCCUCCGCCGCCCCGACUCCCGCCCCCGUCGAGGAAAAGAAAGAGGAGGUGGAAAAACUCGAGGCCGAGAAAAAAGCAGUCGAGGUCAGUCCAGCCGUCGGUGGUCAGUCCGUACCGGACCCGGUGGUAGAAGUCUCCGUAUUCCGAGUCCAGACAGUCGCUACGCCGUCUAUCAUUGAGAGGAAAACCAGUGAGGAUAUUCCUUCCCUGCCUCCGUCCAGCCCGCCUCCAACCCCCAUAGACUCGUCGCCGUUGCAGCAAGCUCAGCAGGCCGCGGCCACCGCGACCGCCCUGGCGGAGGCUCUCAAACUGCCUGCGGAGGCUGCUCGCUCCUCCCAACAUUUCGCCCCCCCCUCGCCCCCCGCUUCUUCACACAACCCGACCGCUUCCUCCCUCGAACGAAACGCACCCUCCACCGCUAUAGUCCCCGUCGUGCCUAACCUUCCUCCGCUACCGGUGGUGGUAGACAGAGGCCCGUCCAACAAUUUCGAAUCGUCCCCGCUUAUCGUUAACGGCACCGUCGAGGUCCACCCCCUCCCCACCACUACCGUGCCACCCCAGCUCAAAGAUAAAGAUAGCAAUACCGCGGAACAGUCCCCCGGCGCUUGUAACGAUAACAAUCUUCUUCUGGUCGGCGACGAGAAGGGGCGAAUCACGUUCGUCCAAGAGAUGGAAUCCUCCUCGACGACUACGACUACGACUACGACGACUACGACGACGACGACGACGGCGACGAGGUUGGAUCCCGAGGACGGUGGGAGGUCGACGGACAAUAACGCUAUAGUCUCGGAAAUAAUCUCGGAAAUAGUGGAGGAGAGCGUGGCGAGGCAAGAAUCGGUAUCGUCCCAACCUGCGAGCAGGCGGGAGGAUGAGAUACGAGAGUUGAUCGAGGAGAUGAUCGUGCCGGACGAGAUGGCGCGAGAGGAGGAGGAAGACGCGACUGUGGUCGAUCCACCCGUGCCCACGAUCGACGCGAUUGUGGAAUCCGAGGAAGGGCCGGUGCCCGUCUCUUGCGAGCAACAACAGAAUGAAGAGAAAGAAGAGGAGGAGGAGGAGAAGGAGAAGGAGGAGGAGGAGGAGGAGGAGAUGCUGGUGGAGGCGAAGCCGGCUCUCGUCAUUCCGGAGGACGAGGAGGAAAAUUCGUGCGGGGUUGCAGCGGACGUUUCGAGGGUGGUGGACACCACCGAAUCGGUCCAAACGAUUCCAGACGUGGAAACGGACAAAUUGGAAACGGAAACUAUGGGGUCGGACAUCGCCGUGCCCGUAGAGGAGAUCCUCAUCUCCGAAAUGGCGGAGCAACGGUCGGAGGAGGAUUGCUGCUCCUUGUUCCCUCGCCCCAACCGAGAGCCUGCCGCCGAGGCGAGGGACGAGCAGGAGUCGUCCGCCAUCCCUUCCCCUCCGGAGCCUUCUUCCCCCCCUUCUUUGCCCGAAGCUUUCCCCGUCGGGGAGAGCGUCGUGGUCGUCGCCCCUCGAGGAAGACUCGAUUCCGAGCUCGAAGCGGCCAACCACUCGACCGCGCCACCGUCCUCCUCCCAACUCGUCCGAGCGGAGCCUAGAAUUUUGGAUUUGGCGGAGGAGCAACGACAAGAAUCGAUCGAGACGGCGAACGAAUCCGAGCUGUUCGCGGAUAUCAUUCCCCCCGAGCCGACCACAGGCGGCGACGAAUCGUCGAAUCGGCGAACGCUGCUCGCCGAGCACGAGCCUCGAAACGCCACCCCGAAACUCGAGCGCGUGCCUAGCCUCGCGGACGAUUUCUUCCCCCCCCCAGCCCCGCCCGAGCAACACGCGGCCGAACAACAGGUAGAUUCCUUCGAUUACCCCCUACCGCCGGAACACCUCCCCCCCUCGUCGACCCUCGUCGACCAGGACGGGGAACCCGCCCCAAUUGCCCCCGAAACGAGGAACGAGGGCCCGCUCGUCGUUCCCGACGAGGACGAGGACGAGGACGACGACGAACCCGCGAGAAUCUCAGAGACAGAGACCGCCACCCCCCUACCACCACCGGCGUCGACGUUGCCCGCCGGAACUCCCAGCCCCACGUCCAAUGCCAGUAUCACGUCCGGCCUGAUGCCGUUCACGGUAGAUUCCUCGCAAUCGCUGUUGUACGACGACCAGAGCAAUCGAGAGUUCAAGAUGGAAUCGGUGUCGAUAAGCCUCAAUUCGUACAAUGAGUCCGACAUUGAAUUAAAGGAGAGGUUAGCCGAGUCUCUGGCGGAGACCGAGAAGCAGGAAGAGAGCUUGGUCUCGUGUCAGUUGUUGAACAACGCCACGUCGUCGACCACUGUCCAGGAGACCCAUCAGAGCACUCCGGAGCAACCAGAGGCCCCAGUAGAAAAUAACGUGGCCCACGACGUUAGUACGACAGAAAGUUCAACCGAGCCUAUCAAGGUUACAUCUCCAGCCGUCCCGAGCGAAGUAAUAACCGCCUCUCCGCCAUCUGCCCCAGCCAUCACCGAGGAUGUUGCCUCGGUGGCCAAGGCUAUCGAAGAAAUUGACAUAAGCGAUAAGGCUGUUGCGGCGGCAACCAUCGAGUGUAAUACGAAUGAAAUUAUCGCGGAAGCACGUUACCAAAACAACAUAAACGAAUAAACAUCGCUAAUCGAAUUGUAUUUUGGGAAGAAGAAAGUUCUUUUCUCUCGUUAAAACCAAAAAAGUAUAUUAUAUAGAUAUGUAUAUUUGGACCAUUCCUGCAACUAAACAGAAAAUAACGUUCUUUCGUUACGAGCAAAAAAGGGAAAAAAAAAAAAGGAAAAAAAAAAGAAAAAAAAAAAGAAAAAGAAAAUGGAACGAUGUGACCGCGACAUCGCGAGAGCAUAUAGACUUAUAUAGUAGGCCUAUUAACGAUUAUUAGACGGCAGGGCGAAAGAAAAUGUUCACGAAAUGUGAAAACCCGGGUCGUGUCAUCGAAAUGGGGAAAAGGGGUUACGAGGACGAGCCAGAUAGGGUCGAGGAAAAUGUUAUACGAUUGACUCUGAAAACACGUAAUGCCAUGUAAUCAUAUGGAUGGUAUAUAUAUAUAUAUCUCGAAGCAGGUGAUUUUUAUUACUUUCUUUUUUUAUUUUUAUUAUUACACGAAUAAAAUAUUUUCAAUGUUGGGCCUUGUUUAUUCGCAACAUAAUAAUAAUAAUAUAAUAAUAUAAUAAUAAUAAUAAUAAUAAUAAUAAUAAUAAUAAUAAUAAUAAUAAUAAUAAUAUUAUAUAUGGGCCCUGUUGUGUAAAAAUCGGAAAAUUGUCACAAUUGUUAUGCAUAAGUCGUAUUAUGCGAUCAUCAUGCGGCGAGUAAGUGGUACGAAUUCGAAUUUAAAAAAGAAAAAAAAGAAAACAUAUUAGAAAAGAAAAAAAAAUAUAUAUACGAUGAAGGAGAAAUCUCUUCGUUUGUCGCAUAUUCCAGAAAUAAAGAAAUACUCAUCGAGGCACGCCCUCUCGUAACUACACGCGCAUUGCUAUAUCGAGAGAGUAUAAAGAACGAGAAAAACUGUAACCGAAAGAUCAGAGACUGAGAGAGCAAAGGUGUAUACGUGAGAACGUGUGCGUUCGAAUGCAUGAGAGAGCGUGAGAGUUCGAAAGAAGUAUGAGAGAAUGAAUAAUGUGCGUGUCGAAGAAAGAAACAAAGGAGGAAAUAGGAAGGAAUAAUUGGAAUAUGUCUCUUUGUCGGAGUGUGAACGGGAAAGAAGAAGAGAUAGGAUCGGAAAAAGGCAGAACAAGAAGUAAAGAAAAAAAAAAAAAAAGGGGGAAAAAAAACUUAUUAAAAGAUAUAUCAAAGCGCACGAGUAAUGAAUAAACUCGUAUCGUGAUUUCAAGGACGCUCGAUUAUUUUGCUCGUAUUUCUUUCGCGGUCCUUGUUUUUCUUUGUAAUUGUACAAUCGACAGGUUUUUAUGUUGUAACGAGGAACUGCACACUUCUACGUAUGACUUUGGUACGCGCGAGCACACGACAUAGCUACAUACAUGCAAGGACAUUAUACGCAAAUGCGUACAUACGUAUCAUGCAACACACGAGAUAAGGAAAACAUACAGUAUGUCGAGGCAGUGUAAGUGAUAUAUAUAAUCUAGAUAUAGAGAAAGCGUUUGUGUAAAUUCAGCGUUUGUCCUUCGAAAUGCUACUUCUCCAUAUGAGAAUACUUACGAGGAAGCCUAUUCGUAAUUUUAUAAUAAUCAUUAAAAUAUCGCCUAAUUACAAUUACGAAACAUGCACAAUUACCAUUCAAAAUGGAUUCGUUUCUACGGAUCUCCAGGAGUAAAUAAUUACCUACGAAAGCUUCUUUUUUUAUUGAGACCGUAGCGUAGAUCGUAAAGAUAAACGAAAAGCGUAUAUAUGUAAAUGCUCCAAAAUCUCUGAAUACAUGUAAGUGUUGAAUGGAGCGAGCGUUCAUUGUGCCCGCGACCGGCAUUGAUUUUUAAACGAUAUAUUAUUAAUGAGUAAGGGGAAGAAGUAAAAUUAAAAGUUGUAUAGUAAACCUUUCAUUAAAUAUAUUGUCCGUAAUGAUCUUUACAACGAAAUUCACACGUUUUUUCAAGGCAAGUUUUGGCGACGAGAGCGAACUUUUUAUUUAAGAAAAAGGGGGAAAAAAAAAAAGAAAAAAAAAAAAAUCUUUAAAUCCGACUGAUCUGUACACUCGAAUUAUUAAUCGUUAAAUCCUGAGGUUCCAUCGACGCAAACCUCGUUUAUUUAUUUUGCGCGUCGGAACAACAAAAUUAUAAAUGAGAUUUUUGAGUCGAUGGUGCUUCAGACACAGACCAACAGUCUUCAGUAUCUUCGAUGAGCAGUUAUAAUAGUAAUUAAACUAUUCUACAUUUAUCUAUAACCUAUAAUAAACUGUGAAACAAGUGUAA